CUGCCUCCCCGGCCCCCGCCCGCCAUGAGGAGCGCGCACCACUUCCUCCUUUUCUUCCUGGUCGUCUUUAGCCGACGCGGGGAAUGCCGCGUGGCUAAUGCUGAGGAGAAGCUCAUGGACGACCUGCUAAACAAAACCCACUACAACAACCUGAUCCGCCCAGCCACCAGCUCCUCCCAGCUCAUCUCCAUCCAGCUGCAUCUCUCCCUGGCCCAGCUUAUCAACGUGAAUGAGCGAGAACAGAUCAUGACCACCAACGUCUGGCUGAGACAGGAAUGGACUGACUACCGCCUGGCCUGGAACAGCUCCCGCUACGAGGGUGUGAAUAUAUUGAGGAUCCCUGCAAAGCGCAUCUGGCUGCCUGACAUUGUGCUUUACAAUAACGCCGACGGGACCUAUGAGGUGUCCCUCUACACCAAUGCUGUGGUCCUCUCCAAUGGCAGCGUGAUGUGGCUGCCCCCCGCCAUCUACAAGAGUGCUUGCAAGAUCGAGGUGAAGCACUUCCCCUUCGACCAGCAGAACUGCACCCUCAAGUUCCGCUCCUGGACCUAUGACCACACGGAGAUCGACAUUGUCCUCAAGUCGCCCACGGCCAGCAUGGAUGACUUCACUCCCAGCGGUGAGUGGGACAUCAUGACCCUCCCAGGCCGGAGGACGGUGAACCCACAGGACCCCAGCUAUGUGGACGUGACUUAUGACUUCAUCAUCAAGCGCAAGCCCCUCUUCUACACCAUCAACCUCAUCAUCCCCUGCGUGCUCAUCACCUCGCUGGCCAUCCUCGUCUUCUACCUGCCGUCUGACUGUGGUGAGAAGAUGACGCUGUGCAUCUCUGUGCUGCUGGCACUCACCGUCUUCCUGCUGCUUAUCUCCAAGAUCGUGCCACCCACCUCCCUCGACGUGCCGCUCAUCGGCAAGUACCUCAUGUUCACCAUGGUGCUCGUCACCUUCUCCAUCGUCACCAGCGUCUGUGUGCUAAACGUGCACCACCGCUCACCCAGCACCCACACCAUGGCACCCUGGGUCCGGCGCUGCUUCCUGCACCAGCUGCCCGCCAUCCUCUUCAUGAAGCGCCCCCAUAGCAGCCCCACCGGAGUCCCCCGGCCCGGCCAGUCGCGCUUCACCAAGACCGAGGCUGCUGCCAGCACCUCCUCUGCCGUGGGCCCUGCCAGCCCCUCCAACCUCUACGGGAACUCCAUGUACUUUGUGAAUCCUGCCUCGGCGGCUCCCAAGUCUCCCAGCGGCUCUGACCCGGUGGGGAUCCCCAGGGACUUCCGGCUGAGGUCCUCUGGGAGGUUCCGGCAGGACGUGCGGGAGGCCUUAGAGGGCAUCAGCUUCAUCGCCCAGCACAUGAAGAGUGACGACCAGGACCAGAGCGUCAUUGAGGACUGGAAGUACGUGGCCAUGGUGGUCGACCGGCUGUUCCUGUGGGUGUUCGUGUUUGUGUGCGUGGUGGGCACCGUGGGGCUCUUCCUGCCCCCCCUCGUCCAGACCCACACGCCUUCCGAGGGGCCAUAGCGGCUCUGUGUGUCCCCAGGCCCGCCGGGGUUGGGGGGUGAGACGAGAGCAGGCUGGCAGGCAGUUUGCUGCCUCCUUCGGAUCACGGCUCAUGAGCGCCCAAAUAAACGUGUGCCCAUCAGCCA